AUGGUUUCUCCAACUCAUUUUGCCAAAGGCAAAGAAUAUCCUGACUCUGACGGGUUCAUUACUGUUGCUAGAAGACGGAAAAUGAACUCCAUGAAAAAGGAAAUUCAGAACGGAACUAAAAGACCCAGCUUCUCUAACAAAAGCUUUGCCGAAAUUGCGGUCUCAACUAAUGUAUUCUGCUCAAUUGGAUUUGGUGAAGAACCAGCCAACGAAAAGGAAACUUUUGUUGAAGCUGACGAAAACAUGGAGACCUCAACUGAAGAAACGGCUUUGGUAAGCUGGAAACCUCUUUGCUCUCCUAGUAAACAAACAGUAUCUAUUCCAGAAAUAGAAAAAAGAGUUCGGUUCGCAGCGAACCAUGAAAUCAUUGAAUUAAAUGAGAUAAGAGAACCAGUGGAAGAAGAGGAGAAAUUCAAAAUGCCUGCGAAUUCCACUAAUACGAAGACGAAGACGAAAAUGGAAAAGAUGGACUAUCAAAUGAAGAAAAUGGACCUUGAAAUGAAGAAGAUGGAUUUGAAGAUGAAGAAAAUGGAGUAUAAAGCAAAGAAAAUGGACUACAAGUUGAAGGAGAUGGACUACAAAUUGAAGAAAAGAGCUUUCGAGACUCAAGUAAGAAAGAGCCUUCCUCAUUCUGAAGUAUCAUCUCGUCCUUCCUCUAGAGAUUCAAACAGAGCUCAGUUGGCAAAAGCAAAGCUUGUUCUUGAGCACGAGAGCCUUCAAAGAAUUAUCUUCCCUCUCUAA